UUUGACACCAUUGGACCCUUCUGGAUCCCUGAAAAUGCACAACCACGGGGGAAAAGUUUUACCGGAAGUUCCGGAUCUGGACACACAGCUGGCGCUUUCAGCAAAGAUGAUAGACAAAAAGACUUCAACGCCGAAGGGUUCACAUAGCUACGGUUCCUACUUCCUUGAAUAUUCCUUGAUGGCUGAGUUCCAGCUUCUCCAACAGCAACGAUUACCAGGAAUUUACUGUCUUCCGGCACAUUCAUCCCCCCUCACCUGGUGGGGGGUUCUUUUCAUCCGUCAAGGACCUUAUCAAGGAGGUGUAUUCAGGUUUCAGAUACAUCUACCAGAGAACUAUCCAGAUGGAGACUGUCCAAAGGUUGUGUUUGACGGCCCUGUUUAUCAUCCUCACAUAGACCCUGUUACACACCAACUAAACGUUAAGCAGGGAUUCCAUAAAUGGAAGAGAAAUGUUAAUCAUAUUUGGCAACUUCUGCUCUACACUAGACGAGUAUUUUAUAAGGUUGAGGUUCCUAAUCCUGAUCUAGCCAAGAACAAGGAUGCAGCGCUUCUCUGGGAGCAGGAUGUUGAGAAGUUUCAGACUGAAGCUCAGGAUUGUGUUAGACGAUGGGAGCAGGAUUUAUACAGUCACGAUAAUCCAGAUCCACAUUUUAUCAGGUUCAGCAAGUUUGACCCUGCAGUUCAUGAAGGAGCUCUUCAAGAUUUGAAAAGCGGAGGAGCAGGGGGAGAAGGUUCGGUUGGGGAGGGAGAAUACAGGAAUAGGAAAUCCUACAUGACGACCGGAUCCCUAACCAUCUUCUCCGAUAUGCCCGAGGUUAAAACCUCGGGACCCAGCUCUCUUCCGAAAUAGACAGAAAUAUAUCUUCUAGUUACACUAAUGCAUAGAACACGGGGCCUGCUUGCUUCAUUGAUUACUAAGGAUGCAGUUUGGAAAACUUCAAGUAACUGUCGGUUAUAUGAGAAUUAUUUUUGAAGUUCUGUCAGCUUUAGCUUUAAAAUAACAUUUUUUACAAAUUUUCUUUGAAACAUAGAUAAUUUUAUAAUACAACCAUGUGACCACCCACCCCUGUGCUAAAAUAAGUAAUUGUUGUGUUUUGAGAUUGAAAAUUUUCAUUUUUAUACUUUUAUAUUUCUCUGUUACUUAUUCUAUCCCCUACAAUAUAGUAAAGUUUAUCGACUAUUCAGUAUUUAAAUAUAGAUAUAUAUAAUAUACAUAUUCCGUUCUGUGUUAUUCCUUUCCUGGCAUCCUUAUCCCUUCCAUAAAACUUGUUUUUACCCUUUUUAGCCGCACUUACUAUGCUAUAUUUUUCAAUGAUCUUGUUCACAUCGUCCGCCAUCCCACCUCAUCAAUCCUCUUCCGCCCUCCCACCUCAUCAAUCCUCGUCCGCCUUCCCACCUCAUCAAUCCUCGUCCGCCAUCCCACCUCAUUAAUCCUCGUCCGCCCUCCCACCUCAUCAAUCCUCGUCCGCCCUCCCACCUCAUCAUUCCUUGUCCGCCAUCCCACCUCAUCAAUCCUCGUCCGCCUUCCCACCUCAUCAAUCCUCGUCCGCCCUCCCACCUCAUCAGUCCUCGUCCACCCUCCCACCUCAUCAAUCUUCGUCCUUGUCCUAUGUCCCCAAAGAGAAGAUUUAUACUUGUUAUUAAAUUUGAUUAGAAAUUAAUUUAGAAUAAUUUUUACUACUUCGGCAAAUAAAUUUAAUGUUUAGGCCUUAAAAUACUA